AUGUCCAGAUUCUUUGCUAACUCGUACGAUUACGAGAGCGGGAGCUCGUCUUCUGAAGAAGACUUACUUUCUGCUUCCGAAGAAGAGCUGUUGAGUUCUUCCUCUGAAGACGAGGCGCUUCAGGGAUCCGAGGAUGAGGGGUCGGACGACUCUUUCUUCGACGAAUCGGAAUCCGAGUCUGAUGUGGAUUCCGAUGAUUCAGAUGGCAGACCAUAUGGACCCGACUGGUUCAAAAAGCCAGCUUUCAGAAAAGCCGGUGCCAAGGGUGCUUCGAGGUUCUUGAAGAAUGCAGACUACUCCGACUCAGAAUCCGACGACGAGGGCAAAAAAGUGGUCAAGUCAGCCAAGGACAAGCUGUUGGAUGAGAUGCGUAGCGUUCACGACAAGAUCGACGUGGCGGAAAUGACGCAGGACUUCGUUACUAUAUUGAGUGAACUUGAUACAAUGACCAGAUUAGUCACUAGGGCUCAGCAACAAAACUACGGUAUCCCCAAUAUCUACAUCAAGGUGUUGGUUCAGGUCGAGGAUGCUGUGGCAGCAACAUCUCAACAAGAAAUCUCCAACAAAGCUGUUGGCAGAGCUUUCAAUACCACCAAGCAGCGUGUGCGUAAACUUGCCCGUGAUUACGAGGAAAUUCUAGCUCAGUACCGCGAAAAUCCUGACGCAUUCAGUACGGACGCCACAGCUGACGGCGAAUCCGGUCAGGACAACUUCGCGGUGUCUUCGUUUGCUCUAGCGGGCAAGAAGGCCGUUGACCUGUCCUCUGUAGCCACAACUACCUCUGAAUCUGAUUUUUUCACAGCUUUGCGCAUUGUCAUCGACUCCAGAGGUAAGAAGGGUACCGAUAUUCAAGCACAGAUCAAGACUCUGGAGGAGCUGUUAGAGAUUGCCAAGAGUCCUUAUGAAACUAUUCUCGCAUAUUUGAAUUUGAUCCCCAUCCGGUUUGACUCCUCCGCUACGCUCUCAUACCAACCUCUGGAACAAUGGAAAGCCUCUCAUCGCGACAUCGCCAACUUGUUUGAUACUUUGGAGGCUCACCUUGAUCAGUACCACGUCUCUGAAUAUGCUCCCCGCAACGACUUUAUAGAAGAGGAACCCCAGGUUAACGAAAGUGGCAUCAAAGAGAUACUCGGGUCUGUCUAUUCAUUUGUUGAAAGGUUGGAUGAAGAGUUCAACAAAUCUCUACUAAAUACCGAUCCACAUUCAAGCGACUUCUUAGACCGUUUGAAGGACGAACAGAGCGUUUACAAUCUGAUUUUGAGAUCGCAGUUGUACCUGGAAGCUGUAACCCCAGUCGAGUAUAACCUUGAGAAGAGACUUGCUCGCGUCCUCACAAGAAGACUCGACCACAUCUAUUACAAAUCCAGCAAACUUGUGGUAAUUACCGAGCGUAAGGCCUGGAAGAAUGUGCGUCAGGACGCCCAGUCUAGGGCUACGCCUUUGGAAGGUGAAGUGGAUGAGGCUUACGUUUUCAAGCUAAUUGACACCUUGCAUCAAAUGUUGUCCACCCAAAAGGAUGGCGCUCAACGUAGAAGAGCGGCUCUGUACCAAAUCUAUUUCUAUGCGUUGAACAACGAGUUCAAAAAGGCCAAAGACAUCCUGCUGUCUUCGCAUGUUCAAUCUUCGAUUAACUAUGCUGAUCCACCUUUGCAAAUUUUAUUCAACAGAGCUGUUGUCCAACUAGGUCUUGCGGCCUUCAAGCUAUGCUUAAUUGAUGACUGUCAUCAAAUUUUGAACGAAGUUUCCACUAGUACCCAUCUGAGAGAUAUUUUGGGCCAGCAGAGCCUGCAAAGGGUGGCUAAUAACAAUGCUACAAACAACGGCGGAACUCCAAAUGAACAACUAUGUUUACCUUUCCAUCAACACAUUAAUCUAGACUUGAUUGACGUCGUGUUCAUGACUUGCUCUCUCUUGAUCGAAGUUCCACAUAUGGCCGCCUUCUUCUCGGGCAUUAAGGUUAAAAGAAUCCCAUAUUCGCAAAAGUCUAUCCGUCGUGCGUUAGAGCAUCAUGAGAAGUCCAGCUUCCAGGGUCCUCCUGAAACUUUGAGGGAUCGUAUACUAUACGCUGCCAAGGCUAUGCAAAGAGGGGAUUGGGAACAAUCUGUUGACUAUCUAAAGUCGGUGCCCACCUGGUCGCUACUGCCUAAUACCGAAGAAAUGCUAAGAAAUUUGGCUGAGAGAGUCCAGGUUGAAUCUUUGAGGACAUACAUUUUCACGUACAAAAGAUUUUACUCCAAGCUGUCCGUUCAAAAGCUGUGUGAUCUAUUUGGCUUGACCUCAGAGGCCGUAGUGGAGAUUGUCCAAUCUAUCAUUACUGAGUAUGAUAUGCGUGCCUCUUUGGAUGAAGAAUCCAAGGUCAUUGUGUUUGAAAAGGGUUAUGAAAUCACCAAAUUAGAAGAAGUGGCCGUGAAGUUGGCCAAAGAAACAAAAUAUAUGAGCGAACGUCUCAAUGAGAAGAAGUAUUCUAGCAACACGCGCAGACAGGAGUAA